UUCCAUUUUCUUGUCUACCUUUUCAGUCUCAGUUUCAGCCUCGCCACCACUAGUACUCUGUCCUCUCACUCUCUCUCUCUUCGAAAACCCCAAUUCUCUUGUUGUCGUCUAGAGAGAGACAGAGGCGGAGAUUACAAAGUGUAGGGUUCGUCAAAUCUCAAGUUUGUCAAGUUUCACUAAAAUUCAUCCCCUGCACCCUUCAACUGUUUGUAAAAAGACCUCAGGGAGGUGCUUUUGGACUUGAUUUCAUGGAUUUUAGUUUAUUUUGCAAAAGCUUAUUUUAAAAAAAGUUGCACUGAAAUCAGGGUUCGAUUAGAUGUGUAUGCAUGGCUUUGAUUGUGUCAAACUUUUCUUCAAUUGUAAGUUUUUGAAUGCAAUGGAGUGGUGCAGAAAUUUCAACUGAGACAUUGUAUCGACAAGGAGGGGAAUUAGUGAAUUACAUCCGCCUUUAAAAUGGAUAAUGGAAACUCGAGUGAUAGCUGGAGUUUUGAGGAUGAAGAUGACGAACCUCAGUCAUCGACCUACGCCUGUUCAAAUGGUACUCUUCCUCACGGUGGAGCUAGUUCUUCAAAUCCAGGACGGUCCAAGACAAUAUCUUACUUUACUUCAAUGGGUUUCGCAGAAGAAUUAGUGCUGAAAGUAAUUGCUGAAAAUGGAGAUGGGAAUGAAGGAAGGAUACUGGAAACUCUCCUUUCAUAUAAAGAAAUUGAAGUGUCUUCGCCACAUCUUUCCGAAAAGGAUAGGAAGAUGUUGGAGUUAGUGGAGAUGGGCUUCCACAUUGACGAAGUCUCGUCAGCUAUUAAUGCAUGUGAUCCAGACACUUCAACCCAUGAGCUUGUGGAUCACAUUUCUGCUGCCCAGAUUGCAAAGGCCACUUCUCUUGAGAUUCCAAAGGUUGACAGUCCUCUGAAUAGCAGGAAGAAGAAGUUGUCUGAACAGGAAGGUCAAUGGGAAAGAGGCAUCGGUUCUUGUAGAAGUAAUGGAAGGCCAGAAAUGGGAAAGAGGAUAAAACUAUCCCCGGAAGCUGAAGAUGUCCUGAAGCCAGCAUUAAGUAUGAGGCUGCCAGAUGCAGCUACUGGUGCUCUAUACUUUUUUUUCGAAACUGGUGCGUCUUCCUACUUGCACAACUUCAAACCUGAAUUUGUGGACUCGAAAUCCUUCAGUGCAGUUUCAAACAGAAGAGCGUAUGUUCAUAACUUACCAACAGAGAACAGAUUUCGCUUACUUCCUUCUCCUCCACUUACAAUUUUUAAAGCGUUACCACAUACCGCUGAUUGGUGGCCAUGGUGGGAUACAAGAGUUCAGUUUGAUUCUCUGGAUACAUGUAAUGGUAGUUGUAAACCUACAGAGGUAAUCAGAAGAUCAAUUGCAAACUGCAAUGGGGCGCCAACUCCAAAUGUUCAAAAAAGUAUUGUCAAUGAGUGUCAAAGAUUCAACUUAGUAUGGACCGGGAGAAACACGGUGUCGCCACUUGAGCCGGAAGAAUUAGAAAAGCUGUUGGGAUAUCCGGAGCACCAUACUAGAGGUGGCGGAACUAGAACUGAUAGGUAUAAAGCUUUAGGCAAUGCGGUUCAGGUAGACACAAUAGCAUACCAUCUGUCCACACUGAAAGAAAUUUUUCCAAAUGGAAUUUCCGUGCUUUCAAUCUUACCUGGUAUUGGAGGUGCUGAAAUUGCCCUUAGUCGUCUCGGCAUUCAGUUGAACUUGGUUGUUACUGUUGAAAACUCCAAAGUGAAUAGAGAAAUAUUUCGAAGUUGGUGGGAAAGCAAUGACCAGAGAGGUAAACUUGAUGAUUCCAUUACAGAUCUCAAUAUGCUUACAUCUCAGAAGCUAAAAGAAAUAGUCAGUUCCUACGGGGGAUUCGAUCUUAUUGUUGGAGGAACUCGGUGCAAUGACAAGACAGGAAGCAGCCAGAGGGCCAGAGACUAUCUUGAAGGGAAUAACUCAUGUGUUCUCGAUGAGUAUACCCGUAUAUUAGAAGAAGUUAAGCGUCUUAUGGAGGCAAACUGACAGAUUUUUCUUAAUUGCGAGAAGUCGAAUUUUUUGGAAGGCUUCUUAAUCCAUUGGCAUUGAAAUACAAAUUUUCGUUUGACAGAGUAGAAUUUUGACUACAGAGAAAGGGAUUAAACUUACUGUACAGGGUCAGAAAGAUUUUUUAAGCAGCAUAGGUACAAUUUUAUGGAUAGAAGAGAAAACCUCGGUGUACAAACCUCGUUAAGCUACAUUCUUCCUUGAUUAUAACUUCUGUUCGAGUUUUGCAGAUAAACUCAUAGAACCUCUCCUAAUUAUUAUAUUUAGAUUGUAGUAACUCUUUUAAUUUUUUGUUUAAUGCUAUUCGCACUUUCUUGUUCCUGA